CCAAGACAUUAUUACAGAACACAAGUAUGAAGCAUUUAAGCAUAAUGCUUGUCAAAUAUAAUUUGGGUAUUUGAAUUUGAUUUUUUUUUAGUAGUUUGUUUAAAUAAUUGCAAGCUAUUUCCAACUUGAAAUAAAUUUACGUGACACGUUUUUGUCUGGGUGUUUCAUAGUUUUUGGCCUCGGGGGCAUUUUAAAGACUUGUUUUAUCAGCAGGGGGCGGGCGAGGAAAGCAAAAGAUGAUGCACACAUGCGGGUUCUUUGAUCAAACACGGCUUAAACGAUUAUUUUAUUAAACAUAAAUCACAUGUAAAAUGAGUUUUGAUUUUUAAAAAUCUUUAUUUAUUUUUCGGAUGCAAGUUAAUGGAUUGACAUCGAUAUUAGUGGGUCGUGCGGCACAUUUUUCAUUGUUUUUUGGUUCCGUUGUAAAAAUGUUCCGCCUGUCGUUUUGGUUCUGUCCAAUCAAAUCGCGUAUUUUUUUCGGGAAAAAAAAUUCAAAAACACUCACUUAGGUAUUCUUUCUUUGCAAAAUAAGCAGAAAUAUUUUUUUCCGUCGUUGUCAUUGUACUUUUUUUUUCUUAACGCAGUGGUGGUAUUUCGACUUAAUUCAGACGCGCAGUCAUACAGAAACGCGCCUGAACCCGUGUUUCUAGAAACGAGAGGCUGGUUUUGACUGAGCCCUUCCCCGCAGAGAUGAGUUUAUUAUGAUGCUGCUCAUGGAGGAAUUCACAGCCGAAUAUUCGACCACGCGCUCAUGUUUACAUUCUGGAACUUUUGAAAAUGAGCGGGAAGUGUCAGUUAAUGACAUCACAUAUUUGGAUAGUUAGCCAUGUUGUGGCGUUUUAUCGGCUAGACUAAUCAUUUCGAUUUCCCCCCCAUUUUUUGAUAUUUUUUUCCGAUUUUUACUGAAUUAAUCAAUAAAAACAGGGCGGAUUUCGUCGGAAACGACAUGGAGAAACACGAACUAAACAGUUCAAUUCACGUUUAAAAAUGGCAUCCAGGACUGUGCAGGAUGAGCUCUGCAAUGCCUCAGCCAGGGGGGACUUACCACAAGUGCUAAGUUUGCUGCAACAAGGUGCUAAAGUCAAUGGACUUAAUUCAUUCAACAGAACUGCACUUCAGGUGGUCAAGCUCGCUUGCAGCGAGCUCGUGGACGCGCUCCUCCAUGCGGGCGCAGACCCCAACGUGCGUGACCACGUUUUAAAGCUCACCGUCACCCACGACGCCGCGCGCGAGGGGUUUACGGACACCGUCAGAGUGCUAAUCAAUCACGAUGCAGACGUGAACGUCGUGGAUGAGAAAGGUAACCUGCCGCUACACCUGGCCGCGCGGGAAGGACACCUGGAGAUGGUCCAGCUGCUGAUUGAACACACCGCCAAUCCCCGCGCGGCUAAUGCUCAAGGCUCCACCCCCUGGGAGCUCGCGCACGACUGCAACAGAAAGGAGGCCGCUGAAUUCAUCUGGGCUCACCUGGGUGAUGAUCCCACCUCAAAAUAAAAGAAAGUUGGAGCAUAAAAAUAAAAAAGUGUUAUCAGAAACAA